UGCUACUCGCCCAGGCUUUCUUCGAAGCACGCAAACAAACACACACGGAGAGAGAGAGAGAGAGAGGAUCCAUAUAAAUUGAAGCCUUUUCUCCAAUCCGAAGAAGAAAAGGGGCAAUUGUGGUCCUCCUCGUCCUCUCUCCCUUUCUCCAUUUCUACCUCUUAUUAGAUCUCAAGUUCCGAAAUUCCUGAGAUUUAUUUAUAGUUGAUUCAGUUAAUCUUUACUUGAAUUACCCUUCGAAUCUCGCGGGUGACUUCGAAUCUCGCGGGUGAGCUGAAUGAGAUCUUGGAACUGAGAGGGGAUUCGUCGGAGUGGAGAUGGGCGAGGGAGAGCGGUUCCAGCUGGGGACCGUUGGCGCGCUGGGCCUGUCGGUGGUCUCGUCGGUGUCCAUUGUGAUCUGUAACAAAGCGCUCAUCAGCUCCCUCGGCUUCACAUUCGCCACCACUCUGACAAGUUGGCAUCUCCUGGUCACUUUCUGUUCUCUUCAUGUGGCACUGUGGAUGAAACUAUUUGAACAUAAACCUUUUGAUGCAAGGUUGGUAAUGGGCUUUGGAGUACUUAAUGGAAUCUCUAUUGGGCUUUUAAACUUAAGCCUGGGUUUCAACUCUGUCGGUUUUUAUCAGAUGACUAAGCUGGCAAUCAUUCCGUGCACUGUUUUAUUGGAGACUCUUUUUUUCAAGAAGAAAUUCAGUAGGAGUAUCCAGCUCUCACUUGUCUUCCUUCUUUUGGGUGUUGGAAUUGCAACUGUGACAGAUCUGCAGCUCAAUGUCCUGGGAUCUAUAUUAUCUCUGCUUGCAGUUGUUUCUACUUGCAUUGCUCAGAUUAUGACCAACACUAUUCAGAAGAAGUUUAAGGUGUCUUCGACCCAACUUUUGUAUCAAUCUUGUCCUUAUCAAGCACUGACCCUAUUUGUCGUCGGUCCAUUUCUUGAUGGGCUUUUGACGAACCAAAACGUUUUUGCUUUCAAGUACACACCUCAAGUUCUGAUUUUCAUUGUGCUAUCAUGCCUAAUAUCGGUCUCCGUCAACUUCAGUACAUUUCUUGUAAUUGGAAAAACAUCACCCGUCACCUAUCAAGUCUUGGGUCAUCUGAAAACUUGCCUUGUCUUGGCUUUUGGCUAUGUUUUACUUCAUGAUCCAUUUAGCUGGAGAAACAUAUUUGGAAUUCUAAUUGCAUUAGUUGGGAUGAUCUUGUAUUCUUAUUUCUGCACAAUUGAGAGCCAGCAAAAAGCUAGUGAAGCAUCUGCUCAGAUAUCACAGGUAAAAGAAAGUGAGUCUGAUCCUUUACUCAAUGUUGAACAUGGACCUGCUGUAGCAACUGAUGGUGCUGCUCCAAAAGCCCCAGUAUGGAGCUCAAAUAAAGAUUUGCAUGCAUGAAAAAAAUAUGCCUUGAUCUACACCAUCAUACAUGGAUCUAAAUUUACUCGGAUGCUGUUAUAUUAUAGGGGUUAGAAGAGGUGACCCCACCUGCUUUGUACAAUCAUAUCAAAUUUGACAAAUUCAGUACCCAGAGAGCUGGAACAACCAAAUGUGUUUUCCUAUGCAUUUUUUGCUACGUUUGCAAGUCAACAGUAAAGAAUUUAAUUCUUGUUCAUGGGGUACUGCCCCAAAUUAUGAUUUUAAAUCCAGUCAUUGCACUUGCUCAAUAAAAGCAAAAGCUUUUCUUCC